UUGCUUUCCCACUCACCUUCAACCCAUUUCGGACUUCCAUCUUUCAAGGACAGGAUGGAACUAAUGGGUUGCCGCGAUAUCCCUGACACCGCUGGCCUCGAGCGAGAGCGGAUGAUCGAAGCCGAACAGGAACUAAUUCAAGCCAUCCAGAAGUAUCGAGCCAUCAGCAGCGAUUCAAUUGAGCUUCAAUCGAACCAGAAAGUGAUCCUAAGCGAAGUAGUGACAAGCUAUGCGAGAGCUUCCUGCGCUCAAAUCUGCGCAACUAUUUUUACGAAUUUGCCUCGAGAGCUUCGCGACCAGGUGUAUGAAGAACUUAUCCGGUCCGAGGAUCGCUUUUUUAUGUUUUACGGCAACCCAAUAUUGAAUUUUCGCCGCUAUCAUUAUUGUAACCCGGAUUUUGUCGGCAAGGCAUUUGUUGCAGAGUUGGCCGAGACCUAUUACACAGCCGACCAAAUUUGCUUUGACAGCGAUUCCCUUGAUGAUUUGCAACAAUUGUUAACCCAAGACACGCUUUUCAAGACAGAACUUAUUCCGGGAGAUUUGAUACGAAGAGUCAAAGUCCUCAUUUACCUAGAGGAAGUAGAAGGGGCAGAAGGAUCAGUCGAGGGCCUGCAUUCUAAUAUAACCGAAUUCUUGGAGGAUCUGGCAACCAUCCGGAACAGGAAAUGCCAAAUCCAACUGGAGAUUCUAACCACCACCCUCGGUGGGCAGCCCAGUGAUACUGAAGUAGUGGCAGUCUUCGCCCCGGGCUUGGCCACUCUCUGUGCAACAGGCUUCCACGUCAGCCUCAACGGUAAUGGCAAAAUUCUGUUCCCUCUCAAAGGAACGCUGGUAGAAGAGCAGUUGAAACCUUUUUUGGACGAUGACAAGGUUCGACAAACCUCCUAGGCGUCACGUCCACUGAGUGAAUCUAUCAUUACAAAUGAAAUGUUGGAGGAUAGGUUCUCGUUGACAGAGCACUUCGCAUAUUGAUUCCCAUUGCAAUCCAACCAAA